AUGCUUGCUUCAACUGCGAUUGUCACCACCAUGCUGUGCUUCUGCUCAUUCUAUGCAACUUUUGGACAGGACUGUCCGAGUAGACAGGAAAUACAGGGCUCUCUGAAGCAGGUACAGAAGCUUCUCUCGGCCCAUGAAGCCUCGUACAUGCAGAGUCUUCGCAACCUGAAGAAGAAAAUAAACUUGUUGCAAAGCAAUGCAGGGAAGCAGACAACAAGAGCCAUCAACAGUACCUGCCCAAAAUUGGACGCGCCCAUCAAUGGGAGGAAACUUGGCAAGUCACUCAGCGUGGGCCACGAGGUUCACUUCCUGUGUGACCCUGGUUAUGAACUUGUUGGAUCAGAGAGCAGGGUUUGUCAGGAAGGCCUGACCUGGGGUGGCCAGCAGACGAGCUGCCGAGACAUCAAUGAGUGUGCGUCCUCUCCUUGCCUGAAUGGUGCGACAUGUGUGGAUGAAGUGAAUCAGUUCUCUUGUGUCUGUGCCAAAGGCUGGUCCGGAGCCACCUGUCAGAGCCCUGUGCCAACAUUCUUUGUCACCAUGACAAACACCUCUGCCGCCACCUCCCCAGCCACUGCCGCGGCCUCCACGCUGCCUGCUGCCACCACUGGGCCCUUUGUUCGUCCAUCGCGCUGCACUAUAAUGCAGGGGACCACCCACUGCACCUGUGAGCCAGGAUACACCAUCUCUGGCAGGGACAGCAGCACUUGCACUGAUAUAGAUGAAUGUGAGCUGUUCCAUAAUGGCCAGGCUGGGAGACUGUGUUUACAUGCUUGUGUUAACACCCCUGGUGGCUACCGCUGCUCCUGUCCCACCGGAUACAACGUGACCCGCGAUGGACGCAGCUGUAAAGACAUUGACGAGUGUGCCACCAGACAAAACAACUGCACAAAAGACCAGAUGUGCAUUAAUACGUACGGUGGUUUCCAGUGUGUCCGUGUGGACUGCCCCAAAAUCCCUAAUGCGACAUAUGUCAAGACAUCGCCUAUGCGUUGUGAACGUAACCCCUGUCCGGUGGACAACAAGGCAUGUGCUCAGACCCCCAACUCUUUCUCCUACCAUUACCUGGCUGUCGUGUCCAACCUGUCAGCUCCUCGUGUCAUGUUCAGGGUCUCAGCGCUUCGUCCAAUGGGUGACACACUUCGUUUCUCUCUGCUGGGGGGAAGGCAAGCUCGGCGCCACUUCACAGUCCAGCGUUCAGACCGUGUGACAGGUCAGCUGAUGCUGGUGACCCCCGUGCAGGGCCCCGCCACGCUAGAGGCAGAAGUGGAGAUGAGCGAGCUGGAGAGACGAGUCCAGCUGGGGAGGUAUAUCACCAAAGUCACCAUGUUUGUUUCCCAGUAUGACUUCUAGAAGGAGAAGAAUGAAAGUGGAAACACACAGAGCACAAAGGCCAAACAGGAGUCUGGUUUGGAUUUAGCUAAGCACUCUAUAUUUGGCCAUGGAUGUGUAAUAAUCUCAUGUAUCGUGGCGACCAUCUAUAAAGUCAAAGAAGUUGCUGCAGCUCAAAAGUGUAGUUAAAUAAGCGUGAGCCAGCAUGUCGACUCUGCAGUGAUGGAUGGAUUAGCACUUGUCUUGCACACCUGUGUGCAAUAAAUAUUUUAGAAUAUGGGUUCUUCAGGGGCAUAGGUAAUAAGCUAUGGAGACACAAACGUGUGAUGUUGGGUUGACUAACCAUGGAAACAAGUGUUUUGUGUGGAUUAACUAAAAUAGAUUUAUUGCACAAAGAUAUAAAUGAUUGUAGGAGAUAUAAAAGGUGAACGACAUGAUGUAGCAGCAACAUCCACAGUCCACCCUGAAAGAAAGUGUUAUUUUAUAAAUGACAGUCCUGCUGUGUUGACGUUUAUGGUAUGUAUACUGGACACAUAAUCAUGACAUGUGACGAUUUUGUAAUUCUCUUUGCUAAUUUACUGCUGUUUUAUUUAUAUUCUUGUUUUACUACAACUGCUAUGUCUUUGUCUCCAAUACUAUCAU